AUGAGCGUGCUCAGCGAGCCCACCGCGGCCGCCAACGCCUACGGCGUCGACGAGCAUCUGCGCGACGAGGGCAAUGUAGUCGUCCUGCACGUCGGCGUCGGCACGGCCGAGGCGAGCGUCCUGACGCUCGUGGACGGCGUGUAUUAUGAGGCCCUAGGAUUGGAGAACGAUCCUUUCUUCGGAGGGCAGGACUUCGACCGGAGGAUCAUGGACCACUUCGUCCGGCUCGUCAGGAACAAGCAUGGAAAGGACAUCGGCAACGACCGUGCUGCCGCCCUCGACAAGCUGCGGACGGCGUGCGAGCGUGCCAAGAAGACACUGAGCCACCAGGACCACGCCCGGGUCACCGUCGAGUCGCUCGUCGACGGCGUGGAUCUGGCAGAGCCGCUGACCCGGGCCGAGUUUGAGGAGCUGAACCAUGAUCUGUUCCUCAAAGUUGUGGAGCUGGUGGAUAAGGUGGUGUCGCAAGCUCAAGUUUAUUACAUGGAUAGUAAGCUGGUGAUCGACGAGGUUGUUCUGAUUGGUGGAAGCACCAUGAUCCCUAAGGUUAGGGAACUCGUCAGGGAAUACUUUGGCGGGACGAAUAAUAAGGAGCUCAAUACGAGGAUCACUGUUGGAGCCGCGCAAUACAGCAACUGGACUUACAGCAAACAACGAUCAGCCUUGCUUGCACGACGGGAGCUGAGUUGA